AAAGGUCGCAAAAGCAGUGAAGCAUUGAUUCAAACAAAUAGUUAAAUAAAUCUCUAUUUCAUUGAAAAUAAUUGACAACUUGUUUGACAAAUGAAUCAAUUAAUUGAUAAUUAAAUCAAUCGAUUGACAACUUAUAGUACAUGUGAUGAAUGUUUGCAUUGAAUUGAGAGCACAAUCACUGAACAAUCAACACAUGAUUUGCAAAAUACAGACCAAUUAAGACAUUACUGGACAUGGAUUUCAAAUCAUCGAAGAAUAAUUUAUUGGUCAGAAAGAGACCAGAAAUAGCUUUAUAUAAGCCGGGAAUGGGAAAGAUUUUGACCAAAAAAGGCGAUAUCAAUGAUACCAUUAAUGUUCAUAUUAAUAAACAAGACAUGGAUGAAGAGAUAAAGUCAGACACGAUUAGCUCUAAGAGUCAAAAUUAUCAGCAAAUUGACAACAAAGAAGUGAAGUCUAACGCCAAUAACAAUAAGACAAUUACUAAGAAACCCGAUAUCAAAGUGUAUGUUCCGCCCAAACUUAGUACUGGACAACAAUCACUGUCACUGAGCGGUUCCACUGAACCACAAGACAAAACUCAAUUAAGUAGUAAAUCAUCGGACAAGAGUUCAAAAGGCAAACAUAGUGUUCAUAUUAGUGAAAAUAAUAAUAAUAACAAUCAAUAUAACCAAAAAUCAGGAAAUAGUAGACAAAAAUCAGAACGAUAUGAUAGACAAGAGAAGAAUGAAAGACGUGAUCGUAGAGACAAUAGAAGAUCUGAUCGAAACCAAAGACAUAAUUCCAGCGGUAGUGCAAAACAAGACAAACAGAUGCAUGAAAUUGAUAUGAAAUCAGAUGAAACACAAAGGUUYGAUAAACAACAAAGAAGUGGUAAAACAGAUAAAAUUGAUAAAAAAGAUCGAAACGAAAAAAUUGAAGAAAGAACUGAUAGAAGAUCACAACUGGUCAGCCAAAUGAAGAAUAAAGCUAUUGAUAGAGUUAGUCGUGACAAUCAAAAUACUGAAAACAUUAAACAACAUAUUGUCCAUAAAGAAGAAAAUARUAAAACUAAAUUAAUUGAACCGAAAUUAAGUGAAAAUUAUUUUGAAAAAUCUAAUAUUGAGAGAUAUGAAAAUUAUGACGAUUACUAUAAUGUGGACAUUAUCUCAAGUUAUACAAAAGUUACCGAAAAAGAUAAUCAUAAGCGCCAUAAUAAUAAUAAUAUUAAUAAUAAUAAUAAUCGUAACAACAAUCAUUCAAGUGGUCAUUCAAGUUGUGAAUCCAAUCGAAAUCAAAAUGAGAUAAAACGUGAAAAGUCUUUGCGUGGAAAACAAGAUUCAAAUAAUAAUAAGAGAAAUACAUUUAAUAAUAAAUCCCAACCGAAUCACAGAUACAAUAAGACAUACGAACAGCAGAUUCCGCCGCGAUUUCUCAAACAACAACAACUAAAAAAGCAAAAUGAAAUUUCAGAGCAAAUGCAACCACAAGAAGAGAAAAGUUGUUACGAAAAUCAACGAAGAGAGUCAUUAAAAGAGGAACAAUUGCAGACAUCGACUUCUAGAUCUCCUCCACAAAGAGGUCUGAUUCGAUUGCCUACAAAUCAAGUGAAUCCAAACGAUUGGGCACAACAACAGCAACUGUCCGCUGUUAGUCAAAUACCACAUCAAAACCGAAAUAUCAUUUCAAACAAACCCUGUGUUGCCAUACGUCCCACACAACACGUGUCAGUUGACAAAAAUCCGUCACAAUAUUCUCCUUCAUCGAGUCCAGACACGAAUUCACUGUCCACAGCAACAGACAAUUAUCACCAAUUGUCACCAUAUGUGAGAAACAAUUACAGUGAAUAUUCUAUUCCACACUUUAUGUCCACGACUUCAGUAGAAAAUAAUGAAAGCUUUAGGAAACGGUUAAAACCAAUAAUCGAAAAAAGUCUUAACGAAGCGACAGCAGCUGAAACUGAUCUUUCCGUUUGUCACGACCCGCAAAAAAUGGAACCAAUUCGCUACAGAAUUCAAUUACGUUAUGAACACAUCAUUUUGAAUGAUUUACGAGUUUGUGCUGAAACUAAUAUUGAACAGAGAUUAUGGAAAUCUGCGUUUUAUCAGUUUAUUGAACACUAUCGACGUCUUAUGGAACAAAAUACCGAUCAACAGACAGAACUUAAGACAUGUCUUCAUAAGAUUAUAGAUGAGGCCUCACUAUUCUUCGAGAAUCUAUUGGCUAAAAUGCAAGAAACAUAUGACUUCACUAUUGAGAAACUGUUGGCUCACGAAUACGAUUCUGAUUCAGAAAAUUAUGAGACAAUAAAAUUGGCGUCCAUUUCGGCCCAAAAGAUAUAUUUAUAUUUAGGUGAUCUUUCGAGAUAUAGAGAAUGCGAAACUAAAAAUUCAAAAUUUGUUAAAAGCAAAUUCUUUUACUUAAGGGCACAAAUGUUAGCGCCGAAGAACGGCCGCAGCUAUAAUCAGUUGGCAUUACUAGCUAUGUAUCAAAACAGGCGAUUAGAUGCUGUCUAUUACUAUAUGAGAAGUUUGGCCGCAAGUAAUCCUUUUUUGACGGCCAGAGAAAAUUUGUUGACCAUAUUUGAUGAAUGCCGACGAAAGUAUGAAUUAAAUGAAAAGAAACGAAAUCAAGAUUUAUUGAGUCAAAAGAAACGAAUCCAACAAGAAUUGGAUGGUUUGGGCGCUCAUAAGGAAAGGCUUGAGAUUUGGAUUAGAAAUGAUGGCAAGUCUGACGUUUGCUCGAACUUCAGACAAUUACUUGAAACAGAUUCAGAAACAGUUAAAGAAAACUUGGAUACACUUUCAUCUGUUGAUUUAAACAAGAGAUUUGUGUUAAGUUUUCUACACACUCACGGAAAGUUGUUUUCAAGAGUUGGUAUGGAAACGUUUAUUCCUGUUGUGAAUCAAAUGUUAGCUGAGUUCCAAUCAUUACUUCGUCGUUCACCAAUACCUGUAAUGUCUCAACGAUUGUCACAACUAUUGGCAAUCAAUAUGUUUGCUGUGUUUAACACAUCACUUAAAGACACGACUUAUGGACAAAAUUGUCGAUCACUACUACAAGAACAGGCAAUUCAAGUGACAUUAGCUAUGAUGUCAUUAAUACUCGAAUGCGCUAUAAAUUUGUUAAAAACACAAAAUGCAAACGAAAACAAAACCGAAACACUUAGUGAUGACUUAACAGAAUUAUUGCCAACAAUUAAAAUAUGGACGGAUUGGAUGUCCUGUCAAAAGCAAUUAUGGUGUCCACCGCCUCCUUCAUCUGAUUUUAAUGUUUCGAGUGAUAUUUGGAGUAUUUUUGCCGAAUUUUUAACAUUACUAACAAAAGUGAAUAUAAAAAGUGUUAAAUUAUUUGGUAGUAAAUUGGAUGGAUGUGAACCCAUUAUACUUCCUGAAGAUACAUCUUUAGCUGGAUUUCUACCACUUCUUGGUUCACCUCAAUGCGUACAAUACGCUCAACCAAAUUAUGAUAAAGAAAAAGCAAAAACCUGUCUGCGUUUAACAGCAAUUCAAUAUUUUGGUGAUUAUUUGUGUGGCAUUGUUGAACCAUAUCUUAAAUAUGAUGUCGAAAACAAAAGAUUUGUAUCACUUAUUCAAACUUCAGCUCUAAUGACUUCAGAAGAGAAGAUAACUAAACCAAUCGACGAUUUAGAUUCUGAACCAGAAAAUGAUGAAUUUACUAACGAGAUAUCAUCUGAAGAAACUCUUAAUAGUGACAAUACUUGUAUGAGUGAUGAAAGUUUGAAAAGUCCGGAUCAGAUUGAGAUCGAAAAAUUGUGGUCACUUCAAGAGAAACUCAAGAAAACCAAAGAUAGACAAGAAGUUCUUAAGCAAACAGUCGAUGCUGUAUUGAAUGAAGUGAACCAAAGAAAACAGUCUCGUAUUGUAAUACAACCCCGAUAUAUAAUACCGGAUACCAACUGCUAUAUCGAUCAUUUGGAUAAAAUUAAGCGCAUUAUAAAUACUAAAUUUUAUGAUCUAAUUGUCCCACUCAUUGUAAUUAACGAAUUAAAUGGACUUAAAACUCGUGGAAUAAAGAUUAUGAAACCAUUGACUUUUAGUAGUGAUCACUCGGGAGUUGUAGCAAAAGCAGCGAUGGAUGCCAUCGACUAUUUAGUGAUUGCUUUUAAUGACAAAAGUUUACGUUUGAGAGCAAUCACAUCAAAAGGAUCUAUUCUCGAUUCAAUCAAUUUCAUCAGCGAAUCCAUUACUGAUUCACAGGGCUGUUCUAAUGAUGACCUAAUUUUAAGUGCGUGCCAUCAUUUUAUUAAAGAGAAAACAAAUGAUAAUACAAUUAAAGAAAAUGUAUUGAUUUCAGAAGAAGUCAACAGUUUGUUUCGAGAAGUGGUUCUUCUGACUGAUGACCGAAAUUUAAGAGUUAAAGCGUUAGGACAUAACGUUCCGGUCAAAGGUGUCCAACAAUUUGUCAAAUGGGCCAACAUUUAUAUGGUUAACAAACGUGUUUUGUAAUGUAUGCUUUACAUGUACUAAACGUUAAGCACAUACACUGAUCUAAAGGACGACAAUUGGUUAUUACUAUAUCUCAGUUAAUUAGCGAUUACUUGAUUGUGUUAUAGUUAAAGUGUUAAUGUUGUCAAAUAAAUUAAUCGUCAAUUAGGUACACAUUUGAAAAAGAAAAAUU